CAUAGCCGAGCCAUGAUCAACUGAUCAUUCAUGGACUGAUUCCAAUAAACAUUAUUAGGUUAUAGCAAAAGAAGAAAACAUGGGGACAGUUUCUUCUAUGAAGAGAGACCAGUUUGUUAAUCUUGUUUCUGGAAGGUAUUGUGACAGUGGCAGUUCAAAAGGGUACUUGAGUUCCACACUUUCUCGGCUUUCUGUAGAGGGAAAACAAGGAAAGCCAGAAUAUCCAUCUUUAUUGGACCUCUGCAUAUACAAGACAUGUGAGGACAUUGAAAGAUACAGUACUUUUGAUAUACUUCCAAGGGACGUUAGUCAGUUGAUCUUCAAUGAAUUGGUGUGUUCACAACGUUUAACAGAUGCUUCUAUUGAUGCAUUUCGAGAUUGUGCUCUACAGGACUUUGAUUUGUGUGAAUACCCCGGGAUGAAUGAUAGGUGGAUGGAUGUUAUCUCAUCACAGGGGACAUCUUUACUUUCUGUGGAUCUUUCUGGUUCUGAUGUUACAGAUGCAGGAUUAAGCUGUCUUAAAGAAUGCAGAAACCUUGAAGACUUGAAUUGUAAUUAUUGCUACAACAUUUCAAACCGUGGGCUAAAGCAUCUCAGAGGUCUUUCAAACUUGGUAUCUUUGAGUUUUAGAAAGAACUAUCAAAUCAAUGUUCAAGGAAUGUCGUUCUUUUCUGGUUUGUUGAACUUAAUAGAAUUGGAUCUAGAAAGAUGCCAAUGGAUUGAUGGUGGGCUUGUUCAUUUAAAUGGGUUAACAAAACUGGAAUCACUCAAUCUCAAAUGUUGCAAUUGCAUAACAGAUGUUGAUAUGAAGCCUCUCUCAGGACUUACCAACUUAAAGGAGUUGCAGAUUUCAUUUUGUAGAGUCUCGGACAUUGGCAUCACUUUUUUGCAAGGUCUGCACAAGCUUGUUCUAUUAAACAUGGAAGGUUGCUAUGUGACUGCAGGAUGCUUAGAAUCUCUUUCAGCUCUUCCGUCCUUGUCAUAUCUUAAUCUUAGCCGUUGUGGUAUAUUUGAUAAUGGCUGUGAGAAGUUUGCAGAAAUGAGGAAACUGAUAGCACUUAACUUGGGAUUCAAUAAUGUCACAAAUGCCUGCUUGGUUAACUUGAAAGAAUUAACAAAUUUGGAGAGCUUAAACUUGGAUUCAUGUGCGAUUAGUGAUGGAGGCUUGAUCAACUUAGCAGGUCUCUACAAUUUGAGAUACUUGGAUUUGUCUGACACUGAAGUUGGAAGCAUCGGUCUCAAACAUAUCGCUGGUUUGACGAAUUUGGAAAGCAUUAAUUUGUCGUUCACUAACGUCACUGAUACCGGCUUAGUAAACUUAUCUGGGUUAUCAUCACUCAAGUCCCUUAAUUUGGAUUCCCGCCUAAUUACUGAUGCUGGAUUACCUGCUCUUACAAGCUUGACUGGAUUGACUCACUUGGAUCUUUUUGGAGCACACAUUACAAAUUCUGGAACAAAACACCUGCUUAAAUUUAAACAGCUAAGAAGUCUGGAAUUAUGUAGUGGACGGAUAUCAGAUGCAGGUGUGAAGAACAUCAAAGAACUCUCAUCCUUGGCAGUGCUAAAUCUUUCUCAAAACCACUGUCUGAGUAAUAGAUCUCUCAAGAUGAUUUCUGGGUUGACAGAAUUGGUUUGUCUCAACGUUUCGAAUUCUCGGAUUACAAAUAAGGGACUGCGGCAUUUGAAGAUGCUGAAGAAUCUGAAAUCACUGACCAUGGAGUCCUGCCAAGUGUCUCCAUUUGAGAUGAGGAAUCUUCAAUCCACUCAUCUCCCGAAUCUGGUAAUCAUCCGCCCCUGAAUAAUAAUAAUAAUAAUAAUAUCAGUGCUAGCUCAAGUGAACAAGAAUGGUUUCUAAGAGAUCAAAUGUCAUUAACUUGAUAUGUAGUUAAAGUGGAAGUUAUGACCGUGAGGUCAAAAUAAAAUAAAUAAAUAAUAAUAAUCUCAGUGGGGCGUUUAUAAAUAAUAGUUAGAUUAAGCAGUUAGUUAGUUAAAUUGUGCAUACAAACAUUUCCUCAUAUUAACUGAAAACAAUUACUUUCUUCUUUUAAGGAUAUGUUUCUUUCUUGUAUAGCUGCCAAUUCUUAAAUAAAUUUGCGUCUAUGCU